CUUCAGAUAUUUAAAUAGAGAAAAAAGAUUAUUUGUGGAGGUCAAAUUUUUAUCACUGCGUCCAUUAGGCCUACAAGGUACAACAUUUUAAACGUUUGAAUUUUGAGUAAUCCAUAAAUAUUCAGUAUAGAUUAGCUGAAAUGUUGCUAUUAUUUAGUUAUUACGUUACUGUUUGCACAUUUGAAUUCAGUUACUGACUACAUUUCACAGUAAUAUGACUCCACUCUAACCAUACAGCAUGAAAACGGGCUGUUGUUUUCCUUACUUCUCGUUCUUAACCCAAAAUUAAAAACCUGCGGCCCCGGACUCAACUGUCCCUUUCGGGUUGCCGUUGUGACGUCACAACCAAACAAGAAGCAGUCUGCUGCUGGUUACUACCGGAUGGUUCAAAACAAGUGGAUUUUUCUCUUCAUAGUUAACUUUUAUCAAAAUGUCUCAGGAUCCGUGGUCACAGAAUUAUGAUGCCACUUGUCGCUUGGCACAGGAAAUAGCAGAAAACAUUCAUGAACGGAACAGACAGCAGAGAACAGGGGGGAACCCUGCAAAGAUCAACAUGACACUACGAGCAUCACUGCAGAAGCUAAAACAGAAUAUUGCCCAGCUUAAAGAGAGUUUGUUGCGAGCAUCAUCAAGUCGGCGCUUAAUGCAGUCAGAAGCUGAUCGGAGGCAGAAUCUUAUUGAUGACCUGCUGACCAGAGAGAAGCAGCUCAAUGCCACCUUCAAGGGAGACAUCACGGAGACUGAACCUUCCAGGUCGACAUUGAUGGGUGCAGGGUCAGGGACAAGUGGAGGUGUUGCGGCCAACCCCUGGCUGAUCAAUGAAUCAGAGGAGACCAGAGGGCUGAACUUUGGAGAGAUCAAACAGCAGCAACAAAGAAUCAUCGAAGCCCAGGACGAAGGCUUGGACGCACUAGCAGCAGUCAUUAGCAGACAGAAGAUAAUGGGCCAGGAGAUCGGCAAUGAGCUGGAUGAACAGAACGAAAUCAUUGACGACCUCGCACAUCUUGUGGAUAAGACAGACGACAGGAUUCGUAACGAAACACGGAGGGUGAAGCUGGUGGAGACAAAGUCAGCCUCCUGUGGGAUGCUGGUGGUGAUCGUACUGCUUUUAAUAGCCAUCAUAGUGAUCGCCGUGUGGCCCGUGUAGCCGACAAGGACAACGGUGAUCGUGAACCUGUGCUGGACGACUACUACAGUGACAGUUUGGUGCAGUUUGAAAUCUUUGCAUCUACAGUGCACACAUGUACAGCCAUUUAAACACAGUCUCUCUUCAGAUUUUAUUUUCCUAUUCGAUGUCCUUACAUUGAGACAAAGGUCACUGGUUGCUGUCCAUGUGAAAUGAAGACUUAAAGGAGUAGUGUGUAGGAUUUAAUGGCAUCUAGCUGUUGGGUUACAGAUUACAACCAACUGAAUACACUUCCACUCACCUCUCCUUUUCAAAAGCGGGGUUGAGAACCUAUGGUGGCCUUCAAGUAAUGUAAAAAAAACAUGAAAAGGCCCUCUUUAGAGCCGGUGUUUGGUUUGUCUGUUCUGGGCUACUGAAGGAACAGAUUCCAUGGAAAAGGACCCAUAUGGAGGCCUCAGUCUAAGCUAACAAAACACAACCAUUCUAGGUUUCAGGUGAUCAUACACUCAUGAAAACAUAGUUAUGAAUAUUAUAUUCCAUCUCGCCAAUAGAGCCCCCUAAAUCCUACACACUGCUCCUUUUCUUCAGUCCUUCAGCUGCAUUUUUCUAAAUAGUAAAUCAUUGGUUGGAUGAAAGGCAAUAGUAACCCUGCAGAAGAUGAUCUUUAUACAUUAUACUGCUAUAGGUGUAAAUUGUUCUCUUUAACAGUUGUUCAAGUGUCUGGAUCAUUAUACUAUGAAACAGUUAAAUUAUUUGGAGCUAGUUUAAAUAUUUUUAGCCUGGACUGUGGCGAAUGUUGACCCAACAGUAGGACCUCCGGCAGGUAGCAGGAGGUUUUCCUUUCAUAAGUCUGUCUGUGGUCUAAGGGUCUGAGCUGGGGCUCGCGCUACAUUAAUUCCGCAAGCUUUGCAAUAUUCACACUCACUUAUAUUUACCCAUGCAUUUGUCUUGGGAUUUUUAUAGAAUAGGUUUCGGCCAAAACAAACAGCUCGUCUGUGUAACUAACAUGGCUAUUUUCCUUCCUUGUAAAUCAAUUCAGCUUGUAAUUUCCAAUAAAUGAUUUUUUUCAGUUAAUAGUCCCUGGACUCCUGUCUGUCUGCAUUAAUGCUCAGGGAUUCGUCUGCAGUAUUGUGCUGUUGUUGAACAUGAUAUUUAGCUGGACAAAAAAGCACCACUUCCAUAUUUCUGUUGUAAAAUCUGCAUUGUAUUAUUUUGUCUCCUGUACUUGCAAUUUUUUGAACAACCAGUAAGGGGAGAAAAAGUUUUGCCCAAAUAUUGUAUGAAUGUUAUCCAUGUCAGUGUAUUAUCUACAGUAGAUGGCAGAUGGCAUGCCCCCAGUUUGGUACAGCAGGA